AUGGAGAUUUUAUCAGUAAUAUGACUGCAAUAUAUCCGCUAAUUGGUAAAAUAGAAAAACUGUUCACAGUUUAGUCGUAUAUAUUGAUCACUGGUAGAAAAGGUAUUGGAAUAUUAGAGUCAGCUCCGUAAAUGUUAGUGUCAUUAGCCCCUGUGGUUUCAGAUGAAAACGGUCUCAACGGACAAUUGUCAUACUGUAUUGUGGAAGUGUCAAAGUCAUUGUAACUGUGUUAAAUGUUAUUGGACAGGCUGGAUUUUAUUUCCAACUUGUGUUGGACUGAUUUCGAUAAAAACCCAUAUUGUCAUCGUUUUUAAAAAGUGAAUUGAAUACAUGGUAUUUGAAAAGUUGGGAGAAUUAGACGUUAGCUUGUUCUUUUCAUUAUUGCUGCAUUGGGAGUCAGUUGAAUAUCAAAUAAAAACAACAAUGUUUUGUGUGAGGAAAAUGGGAAAGGUUGUGACAUGCUAUUGAAAGGAAGGAAAUUGAAAAAUGAAACAUUCUUCAUUGGACUGUGUUAAUCUAGCUUCAACCUGCAGGAUUUAUAAUUGUCUAUCUCAGAAAUGGUUUUAUUUUAUGAGUGGCUUGUGUUUUAAUGAUAAUAACUAACAGGAGUGUUUAAUGUAUAUUAUAUUUUCCAAGGGAAUAGACAGGAUAUUAAUUAAAAAUUUGAGAUUUCAAGACAAGAUAUACAUAUUUUGAGCAGAACAAUAAGGAGAGUCAAAGCCUAUUAAAUGCUGCAACAUAUUGUAAACUCACAGGAAAUAAAUUGAAAAUAAGCGAAAGAAAAGGAUUACUAAUUUUAGUCUUAUUAAUUUCUAAGGUGUGGUGAUAUUUUUAAUUUAAAAAAACUUAAAGAUUGCAUAGAGACAGGUGCUUUAUUAAUUGAUGCAAACGGGAAUGAUUUUGUGACAAAAUGAAGGUAUGGAGUCUCUCAGUGCUACAAGUUCUCUCAGGAAUAUUGUGUAUCCAAGCAAAUUCAAAGGCCUCAAGCUUAGGCGGCCAGCAAGUACUAGACUGUCACCUGCAAUUUCCCCAAGGCAUGCCAGUCAACUAUGUAAUAGAAUGGAAAAAAGACGGACUAAAAGAUCCCGUUUUACUUCAAUUUUACGGCUACCCUCCAAACGUCAACGAACUAUACACAGACAGAGUGCGCUUAGUAAAUGGAAUAUCUUUAGAAAUAAGUCAUAUUCAGGAGUAUGAUGAAGGCUGGUACGAGUGCAAAGUAAAAUUUAUAGAUGGUGUAGAAAAUGAUAAAAAAAAAUCCAACGGAACUUGGAUAUAUCUCAAUGUUAACAUUCCGCCCAAGAUGUUAGAUUAUUCACCUCAGUCUUUUCAUCAACCGCUUGGCUCAAACGUAACAAUAUUCUGUCGAGCCGAGGGUUCACCUAAACCAUCAGUUUCAUGGACUAAAGACGGUAGACCUGUUCGUCUAUCAUCACGUGUGUCAUUAAAUAAAGACAGCAGUGAAGUUUUGAUAAGAAAUCUUCAGGAAUCGGAUGGGGGGAUAUAUAAAUGUACAUUCCAAAAUACAGUGGGGCUGAUAGCCCAAACAAUACACCUUAUUGUGGAAGGUCAAGCAUAUAUUAUUGGCCCACCAUCAAAUCGUACAGCAGUUCUUGGCCAAAGGAUUGAGUUCACUUGUGAAGCACGGGGAUACCCUACCAAUAUAACAUACAGAUGGUAUAAGGAUCAUCAAAAUGUGAACACUUUACCAGGGUUUGGUGCAAUACCAGGUUCAAAACCACGAAUAUCAAUAUCUGAGCGUGAUGGUAGUCUUAUUAUAACAAUUGUAGAAAAAGAAGAUAUGGGCUGGUAUACAUGUCGCCCUAGCAACGGAGUAGGUCAGGACCCAGAAGCCGGAGCCUACCUCAAUAUAACUUAUAAGCCAGAAGUUCUGGUUGACCAAAUGCCAAGGAGUGCUAUCUGGGCAUUGGGGUUUAAAGAGAAACUUCUCUGCCCAGUCGAUGCAAACCCGCCGGCUUACAGUAUUCUCUGGACCAAGAAUGGUAUGGUCAUUAAAACGACCAGCAGGUUGACGGUCAUGGGUAACGGCACCCUGGUCGUUAGUCAGGUUGCCAUGUCGGAUUCCGGAAACUACCGAUGUACGGCAAUCAGCUCAAUCGGUAAUGGGGAAUCGGAAAUAGUUCAGGUUGAGGUAAAAGACCCGCCAAGAUUUAUCAUCCGUCCUGAAGCCACUUACAUUAAAACUCUCGGCCAGUCAGUCACCAUGGCCUGUGCAGCUGCAGGGACACCUUUACCACAGAUCACCUGGAGGAACAAGGAGACUGGUAUGUUACAGUCAAAUGGACGUGUACAGAGAGUUGGAGGUAAUCUGACUAUACAUAACUUACAAAAAUCUGAUCAUGGUGUCUACGAGUGCGAGGCUAGUAACGAAGUCAGAAAGAUCGUAGUCAGCACACUCCUAACUGUACAGAACACAACUCCACAUGCACCGUACAAUGUAACAGUACAUACAGAUGUGUUCUAUGCCACGUUGACAUGGAUUGCUUCAUACAGUUCUACACCACAAAACUUUGUUAUAUGGUAUAGAUCUUUAAUCAAUGGUAACCCCAGUAAAUGGCAGACAAUGAGGGUCGAGCCACAGAACGCAACUCGAUUCACCAUAUACAGACUCGAACCUGAUACCCUGUACGAGUUUAAGGUAGCCUCAAGGAACAUGUUGGGUAGCGGAGAGUCCAGCACUAGUGCUGUUGUACAAGCUCGUACAAAAGACAAGGACCAUUCUACUCAGAAAUCCUCUGGUUAUGUAGAUGGUAAAGCAGACUACCCUCCAGUUGACGAGUCAGGGAGCACUUAUUUCCCUCCAAUUGUUAAACCUCAUGGACCAAAGCCCGCCACUCCAGCCAAUGUAACGUUGGUAUUAAAAGACGAUAAAAUCAUUGUCUCGUGGAAUCGACCAGCUCAGUCCCCUGUCCCUAUAUUCCGCUACAUGGUAGAAUACAAUGUCGGCAAUGGCUGGGUAAAGACAGAGAUAUUCAAAGCAGACAAAACUUCGUAUACGUUUGACUCUGUUGAAAAAGGACAGCCACAUAGUUUUCGAGUUUAUUCAUUCGGUGUGCUGGCAGUUAGUGAUCCGAGUGAAAUCGUCAGCCUCCAGGUUCCAGAAGCUACUGUGAUAGACCCUAAAAGCAGCAUUAAUGAUUUCUCUACUGACUCUACUGAGGGAGGCUUCGGUUUAUCUAAGACAGAGAUUGGAGGGAUUGUUGGUGGCCUGCUUUUUCUUGUUGUUGCCAUAACGCUAGCUGUUGUUGCUGUGAUGUGUAGCCGACGGAGAGAUCGUAGGAAACAAGUUACUAAAUAUGGAAAUGUAAAAUAUCUGGGACCACAGGAUGAUACAGAUGGGAGACCUGAAUAUCCGCCAGAAUGGAGUGAUGUCACACAGGGAGGAAGAAGAGGAGACCCUAUGACCAGUUACCAUAGCAACACACUUCAAGGUCAAGACAACGGGAUUUUCGUGGUUCCAAGAUCUGGAGACUUGUACAGUGAUAUGUCCAGAGAUUAUUCUAAAUAUCGUGAUCGUGAAUCUUUGUUGUAUCAUCCUGACAAUAGUCGAAGUGUGCCAUAUGCUGGUAACUAUGGGGAUGGUUACUAUAGAAAUGCAGAUAUUACAUAUCAGUCUGACAGAAACAAGAGCUUUAAUAGAAGUACAAAAUCCAUUCCUUAUGAUAAUGAUGAUAACGGGUUUAAAGACAAUGUAAGACUGAGAAAUCGUUCCAGGUCUCAGCCUGCCUCCCGCCAUAGUGACGGACCAAGAUACCCUGUUCCUGAUAGACCCAGGUCACGGGGUAUCUCACUACCAAGAGACAUUAGUAAAGAAAGUGAGAGAUAUCCUCCCCAGCCUCAAGUUCCAGUUUUAAGUUCUCCUCAUUAUUCUACCCAUGGACCUUUAUUAUCACCAGUUAUACCAUAUGAAGGUCAUGAUAGGUCACUACCUGGUUACCCUGGAGAUGAUGAUGAGGAAGAAGUGUUCAUGCCACCACCAAUUUCAUCCAUUAUCCCAAACAGACCAAGUUUUCCUAGACACAGUUCCAUGAAACCUAGUGCUCAACAAACUUACCUGACAGAAGAUUUCGACAGUCCAAGUCGACCUUUUCUGACAAGUGACUUAAGUUCAGUUCUACCAUCACCAUUUACAGAUUCUCAGUCUCGACCAUAUCAUCCAUAUCAACGGCAGUAUGCCGAUGUUUCUGAUCAAGGAGUGCCAUAUGGGAGUCAGUCUAGACUUCCUGAGUAUAGUCACAAUGGUAGCUAUGGUGAUAUGGACAACACAGUUGUUGCUAGGCAACCAUCACCAGAUAGGACAAUGUCAAGGACAUUGUCAAAUGGAGAAAAUAGCAGUGAUAGCAGUGGGAGGCCCAUGAACUAUACCAGGGAUCAGCUGCUUGGAGCAGUUGAUCAAGUAAGGAAAGGGCCAAAGGCAGCGAGAAGGGGUCAGCAGUGGGGUUCUGGACCUGAUAGUUUUUCCGAUAGUCCAUCAGUAAGUGGACAUGGUGCUCAAUUUCCUGAAAGUGCAAAACCAAGUGUAAUAGUGCGUGACAGACCCAGUAGGGGACAUUCUUAUGAACAUGAUCCCUUUAGGGCAGCAGGUGUGCCAAAUAGUCGUGGAAGUGUAAAUAGUUCUGGGGGUUAUUCAAGUAGGGGCAGAAAUGGUGGGGAGCAGUCACGAAGAGAGGAUCUGACACCUGAUUCUCUCAGCAGUGGUAUAGGUAGUAGGAACACUUCUUCUCAGUUAACUGGGUCAUCUUUACAUUCCCGUCCAUCUAGACUAGGAUCAAAUCUUACACCUAUGGAUCAUGAUAUAAGUGAAGACUCUGCCGUCCCAUUCCUUGAUUAUCCCCCAGCACAAAGAAAAGAUAUUUCUGGAGACGAGAAUUAUGAAUUUGACUCUUAUAAUGCAGUUGAGAAAGACUUACUUGAAGCUCUGAAGAAUUAUUCAGAAGUAAACAAUGGCAAUGAUGAUUUAUUUAGUGCACUACAAGAAGGGCUAUCUGGUAAAGGGCUUAUGUCUGACCUUUACCCUAAACCAAGUAGACAAAGUAGGUAUUCUGACUCUGAGCAAAGGUUUGAAAAAUUACGAGGAGAGUUUCAGAAAUAUAGGCAGAAACAGCAACAGGAGGAAAGUUCUAGGUCAGACAUAAGUCAAAGGUCAAGGUCAGAUAUGAGUCAAAGGUCAAAUCAAGAUCUGUACCGCAGUAAUUCUCAUUAUCCAAGGAACAGUACAAGUUCAACGCACAGUUCAAGAAAUUCAGGGAAUUAUGGGUAUCCAGAUAGGGGUAGUCAGUAUUAUGGAGGAAGGGGAGAUAAUUUUUAUAAACCUGGUCCAAUGGACAGUGACAUGUUGUAGUAGUAAAAGUUCUUUUGAAACUGGAUAGUUAACUUCAAACAAUGUUAUUGAAAAGAAAAACACAUAAACUAAUUAAGCAAUUGGUAAUUUAAUAAUAAACUAAUUAAGCAAUUGGUAAUUUAAUUAAUUAGAUUAAUGCUUAUUGUAAUGAGAACUUUUUGAGCUCUUCUAGUGUCAUCUGGAAAAAUACAAACAUAUUUGACUUUUGUUUAUUAAAAAAUUAUUACAAAGAAUGAUGUUUAUAUAAAUACAUUUAAAGGAUUUUACUUACUUGUAUACCGGUAUUAGUCAUUCUGAUUAAGAUCCUUUAUAUUUUCUUUGAGAAUUUUUAUAGUUACUAUCCAUUUUUAAAAGAGAAUUGAUGCCUGAGAAAUAAUUAUAUACAUAUCACAGUAUUUAGUUGCCAAAUACUGCCUAAAGGUGUUUGUAACAAUCAUUCCGAUUGGUUAGAAUAUGCAUCAUCAUUUUGUAUCAUAGACCUUCAUUGAAUAUUUCAUUUGAUAUUUGUGUGUUUGUCAUUAAGAAAUUUAGAAUUAUUAUUAGAUGUUGUUUAUCAUUAUGAAACAAAUUUUGCCAUUUAUGUUAUAUGAUUCCAUUGUAAAUUGUUGAAGGUACAUUGACAAAUAUCAUGUUUUUUUUUUGUCAGGGGAGAGAAAUACACAGUUACGAAUUUCACAUUUUUUUAGUGAGAAAAUUAUAGAAAGACCUUAGAUAUAUAGGAAGUAUAUGUUUAAAGAAGUUAGCCUAGCUAGUGUGACUGAUCAUUGGUUAUCUAGUAUUUAUAAUUUAGCUACUGGUAACAUAGCAACUUAAAUUAGGUCAUGUGGUCAUUGGUAACCUAGCAAAAAUAAUUUGUAAUUGGUAACCUAGAAACUAUUGUUGAUCAUUUAUAAACUACUGAUAUACUGUCAACCAUUGGUACCAUAUAAACACUUAUUCAUUAAUGAUCAUUGGUAACCAAGAUUAUGUAUUUACUAAAUUUGUAACCUAGCAACUUUUAAUAGGUUUAUUGAUAACCAAGCAACCAUAAGUCAUUGGUAACCUAGAAAGUAUUAUUUUACCAUAGAUGAACUAGCAUGUAUGUUUGGCCAAUGAUACUUGUUUACAUUCUGUUAAUUUUCAUCUACAACAUAUUGUUGCAAUAUCUCAAUAAGUUCAUUUUUCUUAUAAAAUUCUGAAACAUUUUCAAACCAUACAUUAUAAUAAACAAAAUCUACUUCCAUUAAAAGCUCAUGUGAUUUUUUUAAUUGAACAGGAUAUUUAAAUAUUAGUAAGUCUUGUGUUUUAGUUAUAUAAUUUCUCUGCCAAAGUUCAUCUAAAAUCAGUUUGACUUCCUGUAAAAUUUACAGAGAAGAAGUAAAUAUAAGUAGAAUUUUCAUUGGUCAUUUUAAAGUAACAAACUGAAAUCUUGGAAUCUCAUUGGCCAUUCUAAAAUAAGUGUAACAAUAUAAACUUUAAAGGAUCUUUAUGGAAUGGUUUAUUUUUUAAAUUUUGAAAACAGUUAUAAAAAUUAAGGAAUAGAUUUUCUAAUUGAAUAUCAAGUGUAUAUUGUUAUUUAAGAUUUAGUUUAUAUCAUAAAGAGAUUGAAGGAUUACUUACAUCUUGACAGCCUUUAAGAUAGUGACAAGAGUUACUUCCCAUUAUAUAGGCAGAUACUUACAAUGUUUAAAUUUGUGUAUAUCUAUUGUGCCUUUGUCUUCUGAAAGUUUGUACAUUUUAUGAACUGUCUUGCUAACAAACUAUAUCACUUUCAUAACCUGUUUAUGUUGGAAAAAAUAAUGUAAGCAGAAUAGAGUGGACAUACAUGUAUUAACAUACAAUGUAUGAAUACAGGUUAAACUCUUUCAAGUGAAUUUAUUAGGGCACAAGUUUGAAUUUUUUUUUUGCGCUCUCUUCUGAGAUUGUGAGAAUUGUUUUCAAAUCUAUGGUAGAAAGUAAUUACUUGAUUUGAUUCUUAUUUUGUUCUUGACUGCUGCAUGUAGUGAGAUAUAUUAUUUAAAAUGUUUAGGCAUUAUGUUACAUUUAAUCUCAUUGGAGAAUUGAUUUGAGUAAUAUAACAUUAGUUUUCAUUGGAUGAAUACUACAUGUCUUGUUUGUUAUGCAUGUUUUCAUUGGAAGAUGACUACAUGUAUUGUUUGUUAUGUAUGCUCUCAUUGGACAAUUUCUACAGGAUAAAUGUAUCAUUUGUUUUGAUUGGUUGCUUCAUAUUUAUUUACUGGUGUAUGUUGCAUAUGAAUUUAUUGGCAAAUGAAUUGAACUUAUUCAUUAAUUUAUUUUCCAUUAACAAGUUGUUAUUGAAUUACUUUUAAUUCUUCUAUUAGCCUCCUAUUUAUUGUGUUCUAAAAAUGGCAAAUAUGUAUACUGGUAUUUUAAGUAGAUUAGUUGUAGAUUUAAGAUUUGAAAAAAACAAAUGCCUAGUAAAUCUUUUUUGAUUUUUGUUCAGGUAAGGUGACUAAUCUUUGAUGGCUGGCACUUAGUAAAUAGAAAUGUCUUUUGAAUUACUUGUUUCUUAAGCAGAAAUAUGUCAGUCUGUAAAUAUUUAUAUCGUUUUCCAAGUUAAUCAUUUCUAAAUGACAUAGGGGCAAUGUACAAUUUUAUUCCUACUCAUCAGUAAGGUACAAACUGCAUUUUUACUAAAAACUAAUGGAACGCCUCAUACCCUACGUUUUUGUUAGAUUCCAAGUUCUCUCAGUAAGUGCCUUCCUGUAUUUAUGUUUUUUGCUCUGCCCUGUCACUGUACUCUACAAAAACACUCUUUAAGAAAAAAAAAUUGACAUUUUGUUAUGCGGGUCUUCACAUUUUAUGAUCAUAAUUAUAUGUAUUUUUUUCAGUGUGCAAUAGUCAUUUUUAUCAAAGUUGAUUUAUCAUUUUUCAUAUCAUUUCUAUAGGAAGAGAGCAUUUUUAAUCUACCUGCUGCCAUAGAGUCAUUUAAGACUUUUUUUUACAUGUGCUAUUUACACAUUAAUUUCACUCCUGAAAAAAUAAGUAAUUGUUUAUUUAAAAUUUUUGUUUUAAACUGAAAUAUCUAUGUUUUUUUGUGAUCUUCAGAACGUUAUUGCUGUAAAAAGUUACUCUUAGAAUCUUUCGUGAAAAAACUGGUACUCUUGAGCUUAUUUGUGAACAAUAUGAUAUUCUCAGAAUCUUUUUGUGAGUAAGAUGCUACUCUCAAUAUUUGUAAGCAACAAGUUACUGUUAACAUCUUUUGUGAAUAAUAUUAAAUUUUUACUCUUAGAAUCUAUUCUGAACUAUAUGUUAUUCCUAGGAUCAUCUUUGAGUAAAAUGGUGUUCUCAGAAUUUUUUGGGAGUGAAAUGUUACUCUAGAGUCUUUAACAAUAUGAUAUCCUUAAAAUAACUCUUAGACUCUUUUAUGAACAAUAUGAUAUACUCAGAUUUUUUAAUGAGUAAAGUUUUAUUCUCAGAUUUUUUAUGAGUUUGAAAUCACUCUUGGGAAUAAAUACCAUAUCUGUGAAAUAGUGUUCAGGUUUUGAUUCUUAUUAAACUGUUUUAUUUUUAAAUUGAUCCUUUUUGUAGCUGGAUAUUUUAUUUUGUUCAUGACUUGUAUUAUUUUUAUUUUUUCCUGAUAAAAUCUUUAAAAUAAAAUAUUUUCCCUUUUAACCAUUUUUGUGUUUUUACUUGAUUUUGUUUUAUGAUAUAAUCUAGUUUCUUUUUAAGAGACGUUUUUUUUUAAGUAGUAAUUUUAUUAAUUCAGGCAGCUCAAUUCAAUGACACAUAUUUUUUUAUUUAUUAUCAUAAGAUAUUUUGUUUUAUUCUUAAAUGCAUUUCUGAAAGGUUGAUAUAUCUGGGUUUAUGUUUUGACCUGAAUUUAUGGCCUUUUUACUGCAUUUCAAAUUAUUAUAAAAAUAAAUUAUACACAGUUAAAAGUUGUAUUUUAUCCUACUGAUAAAUGAAUGAGUAAAUUAUUUGAUACAUGUACAUUUAAAUGUUUUUAACAUGAACAAGUUAUUGAUGUUCACAAUUUUAACCUACAAUAUAUUAAACCAUUUAAAUGCAAGUGGCAAUAACCUGCCUGCCAAUCUCGCAAAUGAGCCGUGUCAUGACAAAACCAACAUAAUGGGUUUGCGACCAGCAUGGAUCCAGACCAGCCUGGGCAUCCGGGCAGUCUGAUUAGGAUCCAUGCUGUUCGCUAUCAGUUUCUCUACUUGUAAUAGAGUUGGUAAGCGAACAGCAUGGAUCCUGAUCAGACUGUGCGGAAGGGCAGGCUGGUCUGGAUCCAUGCUGGCCGCAGACGCACUAUGUUGGUUUUGUCAUGACACGGCUCAAAUAUUGAUUUAGGCCAGCUUCUGAAAGGUUGAUAUCUGAAUUAAUUAAUUGGCCUGAAUUUUAUGGCCUUUUAAUUGCAUUAUUGCAUUUUGAAUGAUUAUAAAAAAUACACUGUUGAAAGUUGUAUUUUUAACUUCUGUGCACUUUAAGGAGCCUUUUAAUGUUGGCCAUGCAAUUUUAUCAAUUUUGUACCAAAACACUUCACAUUAAUGACAGACUGUUAAUGAUUAAAGGCAGGUUAAGUCCAUUAUUUAAUUAAAAGCACUUUUGAAUUUAUUGAAAACUUUUUCAGAAAUUCUUGUAGAUUUCUUAAUAUUUCUUAUGUAUUUCUACAAAAUUUAGUAAUUAUUAUACAUGCAUGUAAUUUAAUCAGACUUGAAACACACUAAGACUUUAAUUUUUAUUUAACUACACAUAAUUACAAGAACAUCUUUAAAAUUUUAGGAUCAAAAGCAAGUUUAAGGUUGGUCUUAAAACUAGAGUUCUCUUUAAAGAGCUACUCUGGAAUUCAGCAAAUGUGGGUUUUUCUUAUCUAAUCUAGGGGUAUAAUCAAACUUUUACAUUUACAACUUGAUAAAUAUACACUGUAUCAAUAAAUGUUUUGUUUGUUGUGUUUUACAACACAGUUUAGGUCAUAUGGCACCGACACAGAAAAGAUGUUUUUGGCUAACUUCAGGUGUUACAAGCCUUAACCCAUUACUUCAUGGGCAUUUUGUGAAAAAUGGCUGUUUUCAUUGAAAAGUCUCCCGUUACAAGUUCAAAUUGCUAUAAUACUAUAAAAACUGCUUCAACACUAAUCAAACUUGGCACAAAUGUUGACUCGACCAUUGCCCUUGCAACAACAUGCUCAGACAUAAAUUUUCUGUUACCAUGGCAAUGAGGGGACAUCUCAAAAUUGCCAAAAAUCACUAUUUUGCGUUGAUUUUAUCCAUCAUAAUUGAUUUCAAAGUGCUGCAACUUCUCAAUGGAUUGAGAUAGAGUCAAAUGCUUUUCAGCGUUGGUUACACGUUACCUUAUGAUCAAUCAGGGGUCAUUUAUAGCCUCUCACAAGACCAAAAUUUUUCUUGGCGAUGAGGGGGACUCCGCCCCCCUUCAAACCCCCCAAACAGAAGGGGGCACAUCCCCCUUCUGGCAACCCCCUGAUGUAUCUUUUGGUUGGGGGCCGCGCCGAAAAAGUGGUCACUUUUUUAACAACAUUUCUCAAACAAAAACAAGUGUUAGGGGCCUAAAUAAGGCAUUUUUUCACCUUUUGAGACAACAAAAAGGGGGGGGGGGGUGAAAAAGGCGUUAAAAGGCGUGUAUAUGAAGUAAUGGGUUAAGCAACACCAGAGGUCAAAACCACCUCGCCUAAUUGCAUAGACUCCAGUAAUUGAGUCACAUCUCACAGGCUGCAAUUUUGUUGUCUAAACCUGUAAAGACAACCCCUUAGCCACAAGGGGCAUAUAUCAGUUUAUAUAUUGAUAAUAAGACAAAGGUGUUAUUUACUCUAUUGUGAAUAGUAGUGCACUGUAUGAAUAAUAAAUUUUUUAUAGUACCCCGGGAUUAGAUGGGGAAACACCAACAUUUGCAAAGUUCCUAAUAAAAAUUCUAUUGUAAUUGAUGACAAUAUAAUAACACUGUUUUUAUGAUGGUUGUAGAAGUGAGGUCAAUGAUAUGUUUUUCUCUUUUUCUGAAUUUAUCAUGUUUCAACAUAUCAGUUUGUGUAUUAUAGGUAAAUGUAUUUGUAACUGAUUUAUCUGCUCGCCAUUUUACUUUAUCGGUAAAAAUGGCGAGCGGGAGAUAAUUAUUAUUGUUAUAAAUGACUAUGCUUUUGAUAGAUAAAAUGAAAAUAAAACUUGCAAAAUAAUGUA